AUGACGCGAGCAUUGUUGCACCAUGACUUACGAAGCUUGUUCGCAGGAUGUCCUCAUGUCACGAACGUAUUCGUCCCCUUCUACUACUACAAAUACCUCGAGGUUGCGGACAUGCAACACUUAUCGCCCGCCCAGAUCCAGUCCUUGGAACAGGAGGACUGCCUCAAGAUCCCAAGUGGUUCAGUACUGGACGAGUUCAUGCGCCAAUACUUUCUGUACAUCCAUCCAUGCCUGCCUGUCCUGGACGAAGGCCAUUUCUGGGCGCUGUACUCGAACUCUGGAAACACCCGGAAAGACUCGACUGGCUUCUCACUGGCUUUAUUCCAGGCAAUGCUCUUUGCAGCAUCCAGAUUCGUUCCCAUCACGUUGAUCAACGCCUGUGGGUUUGAUAACCUUAAACACGCACGAGCCGCAUUCCAUCGACGCGCCGAGCUUCUGCUGUCCCAUGAACUAGAGUGCGAUAAUAUUGCCCUCGCUCAGACAUCCCUAUUGCUCUCCCUCCACUCCACGAUGAAAGACCAGAGUCUGAAUUCAAUUUGGCUCGCGAAAGCAAUAUCACACGCCAAGCAUGCCGGAGCCAACAACUACUAUUGCGCACUCUCUUCAGCCGACGCAUGUCGUAUGAAGAGGAAACGGCUGUGGUGGUGUUGCAUUCUGAGGGACAGAAUGAUAGCGCUCGGCGUGCGCCGCAACGUACAAAUUGCGCCAGACAACUUCGACUUCGAUCAGCAUGGUUUGAACGAAGCGGAAUUUGCGGGAGAAAUCGACGCUUCGGAAGUCUAUGACUCUAGAACGAAACGCCUGCUCGUCAGAAUUGUUGUAGCGCAGUGUAUGCUCGCUGUUGCGAUGACGCCGACUAUGACAGCUGCGUAUCAACAACCCCAUUGCGGCUCGGAGGAUCCUCUCACUAUCUCUGCUCUGGUUUCAUCUAUGGGAGAGGUCGAACGAGCACGUACCGAGCUCAUGAUCUGGGCACGCAGAUUCAAGUCUGAUCUCACAAGUCAUCUUGGUGAGAACCAAUUGCAAGAGACUGCUCGAUCUUCAGUGUCUCUCUUCGGAGACAUGACCUUGAUUCACUUCUACUCUACCCAAGUCGCCCUCUACAACCACCAAGCGUCAGUCCUCAAGCGAUAUGAAGCCCAGCUCGACGAUUACGAAAGCCGUAUCAGAGUGCUCAAUAUCGAGCUGAGAAUAGCCAUCGCCAAUGUCACAGAAAAGAUCAAGGGCCUCAGUGAGCAAGGGCUCGCACACUGCCUCCCCAUCAGCGCGCCGUCAUGCUCUGCUCUCCCUUUAAUUCUGGAAACACUUGAUCUCAGGCUCUCCUCCGCUGCGCAAAGACUUGCCCACCAACAGCAGCUUAGCCACUACAACAAGAUCAUGACGCUCUUCCGUUUUCAGCACGACCACACUGAAUGCGUCACAACCGCUAUCAAUAAUCUGCUUCAGGUAGCAGAUACCGAGAUCCAACAUCUUCUAAUGUGCCAGAAUGAGCUCCGUCGAACAAGGGACCAAGGCAGUAGCCCAGCAGACCGGGCGCUUUAUCCUCCGUCCAACUGGUCGGACGUAUUUGCGGACAACCAGAUGAUCUACCUUCGCCUCUCACUAACACUGGAUCUGUCAUUGUCGCGCGGCAAGAUCCCUCACGUUACGGAUCUCCCUAUUUGGGCGUUAGGCUCACCAGCGACACUGCAGGCCCCGCUGAUGUCGUUAUCGUUGCACUUGAUGUCGCCGGCGAUGCAGCCAAUGGAGAUACCAACGAUCCCACGGUCGGAGGAGGUGGGAGCAGUAGACAAUGAUGCGGAUGCUCUGUUUCAAGCAAUGCCGGCGACGGAGCAUAUGGCGAAUGUCGACUUCAUCAUGCCGUGGCCCGUGGCGAACGUGACCAUUCCAUCCUACGGGAAUAUACAACAACUAGAAUACGAUUGGCAGUGGUCUGACAUGCCUUGA